GUAGAUUCCCGGGAGAUGUCUGGUCGCGGCAAGGGCGGGAAGGGCCUGGGCAAGGGGGGCGCCAAGCGCCAUCGCAAGGUGCUGCGCGACAACAUCCAGGGCAUCACCAAGCCCGCCAUCCGGCUGGCCCGGCGCGGCGGCGUCAAGCGCAUCUCCGGGCUCAUCUACGAGGAGACCCGCGGGGUGCUCAAGGUGUUCCUGGAGAACGUGAUCCGGGACGCCGUCACCUACACGGAGCACGCCAAGCGCAAGACGGUCACGGCCAUGGACGUGGUCUACGCGCUCAAGCGCCAGGGCCGCACUCUCUACGGCUUCGGGGGCUGAGUGUACCGGACCCGUUGUUGCCUCAGUAACAAAAAGGCCCUUUUUAGGGCCCCCAAGUUUUC